CCAUGGCAUCUCCCGCUCCAAGCCUGGCCGCGCCGCUCCUGGCGCUCGCCGCGCUUGCUUUGCUCGCGUCCGCCUCCGCCGCCGCCGGGUGCUCGGCGACCGACCGGGACGCGCUGCUCGCGAUCCGCGCGGCGCUGUCGGAGGCGCACCUCGGCGUGUUCUCGUCGUGGACGGGCAGCGAGUGCUGCACCAACUGGUACGGCGUGAGCUGCGACCCCAGCACCGGCCGCGUCGCCGACCUCACCCUCCGCGGCGAGGCCGAGGACCCUGUCAUGGCCCCCGCCGGCCGCCCGGCCUCCGGCGUCAUGUCCGGCUACAUCUCCGACGCGGUGUGCCGGCUCGACCGCCUCUCGUCGCUCAUCCUCGCCGACUGGAAGCAGAUCUCCGGGGCCAUCCCGCCCUGCGUCGCCACCUCCCUCCCCUACCUCCGCAUCCUCGAGCUCCCCGGCAACCGCCUCACCGGCGAGAUCCCGCAGUCCAUCGGUAGCCUCUCCCGCCUCACCGUGCUCAACCUCGCCGACAACCUCAUCUCCGGCGCCAUCCCGAGCUCCAUCACCUCCCUCGCGUCGCUGAAGCACCUCGACCUCACCAACAACCAGCUCACCGGGCGGAUCCCGGCCGACGUGGGCAGCCUCGCCAUGCUCAGCCGCGCGCUGCUCGGCCGGAACAAGCUCUCCGGGCCCAUCCCGACGUCGGUGGGCUCCCUGACCCGGCUCGCCGACCUCGACCUCGCCGAGAACCAGCUCACCGGCGCGAUCCCGGACAACCUCGGCUCCGCCCACAUGCUCACCUCCCUCUACCUCGGCAGCAACCGGAUCUCCGGCCGGAUCCCGGCGAGCCUGCUCCAGAACAAGGGGGUGGGCAUCCUGAACCUGAGCCGGAACGCCGUCGAGGGCGCCAUCCCCGACGUGUUCACCGCCCAGUCCUACUUCAUGGUGCUCGACCUGUCCCGGAACCGGCUCACCGGCACCGUGCCGCGGUCGCUGUCGGCGGCGGCUUACGUCGGCCACCUCGACCUCAGCCACAACCGGCUGUGCGGCACCAUCCCCACCGGCCCGCCGUUCGACCACCUCGACGCCGCGUCGUUCGCCAGCAACAGCUGCCUCUGCGGCGGCCCGCUCGGUAAGUGCACGUAAACCACGCGCGACAAGCCCAAAGCGUGACGUGCCACAACCAGAGCCGUCCGAUCGAUCGGAACCUGAUCGAAUGUGUGGUGUGUGUUGUGCCGUGUACGAUGUUAGCGAAAACCUAUAUACGUGCGACGGUUAAUUGCUUAAUUAACUCUCUUGGGCUAUAGUUUUGGGUACAAUAUAGAACAAGAUGAAAAGUCUGUGCCUAGUGUGUGUGUGUGAGCAAGAGGGAGUGGUUAAGAAAAGAAGAAUGUUCCUCUUUUCUGCCUUUUUCUUCUUUAUAUUUUCAACUUUUGUUUUGCUAGUGAUUUACUUGAUAGUUCUACUUUAAAGCUUGGAUUGUACAAGUGACAAAAGCAUAAGAAAUACUAAGAUCUUGCAUGAGAAGUUGUGUUUCA